AUGAAAGGCCCGAGCGCCUAUCAGCCACAGUCUCUUGCAGCAAUUCUAUUUAAGUUCCGCCAAGGAAAAUUUGGUGUUUGUGCGGAUAUACGCGAGAAGUUUCACCGCGUAAAAAUAAAAGAGGACGAUCUGACCGCUCAAAGAUUUUUGUGGAGAGGUGGCAGUCAAUCCGUAGAACCUGAUAUAUAUGCAAUGAGUGCGAUGAUUUUUGGUUCAGUUAGCUCCCCAUGCUCAGCGCAAUACGUAAAAAACAUAAACGCUGAGAAUUGUGCUGGACCGCGUGAGAGAGCAAAAGAGGCAAUAGUUAAACGUCACUAUGUAGACGACUAUGUCGACAGCUUUGAUGUUAUUGACGAGGCCAUACGGGUGGCAACUGAUGUUUUGGACAUCCACGAGAAGGCGGGUUUCGAGCUAAGAGGAUUUAUCUCCAACUCGAGCGAAGUUCGCGAUAUGUUAAAUAAAACACCAGGACCAGAACUCGAUAACGGUUUAGCGAGCAUGUUUAAUGGCGAAUCCGAAACGGAGAAGGUAUUGGGCAUGUUCUGGCGACCAAAAAGCGAUGAGCUUUGCUUUGUACUAAAGUUUGCUAAGGUCUCUCCAGCAGUUUUGAGCGGCAAUCGUCGUCCUACCAAAAGCGAGGUAUUGAGCCUUACGAUGUCCAUAUACGACCGAUGCGGAUUUUUGGCCAAUAUCGUUAUCAAAUCUAAAAUACUGCUACAAGAAUUGUGGAGAGUCAACGUGGGCUGGGAUUCACCAAUACCAGAUGAUAUUUACCGCAAGUGGUAUGAUUGGUACAUGGAGUUGGCGGACGUAGAAAACAUAAGCGUACCGAGGUGCUAUCACAGCAAUUUUACUGAUCCGAAUUCUCACGUCGAUAUGCAUAUUUUUGUAGAUGCGAGCGAAGUGGCUUUCUCUGCUGUAGUAUACUGGCGGAUCUGUUAUUUAAACGAAGUCGGUGUGGUGUUCGUGGCUGGGAAGUCGAGAUGCAGCCCAAUUAAACCUCUGUCCAUUCCCAGAUUGGAGCUACAGGCAGCAGUCCUCGGCGUUAGACUAAUGAACGCUAUUGUUCAAAGCCAUGAUGUAAAGCCGCAGGAGAUAAUCUUCUGGUCUGACUCUAAAACGGUCAUAAACUGGAUACGCUCGGACUGUCGCUGUUACAAACAAUUCGUCGCACACCGUAUCGCAGAAGUUUUGGAUUCAACAGGCGUCGGUCAAUGGAGAUGGGUGCCCGGGUCAUUGAACCCUGCUGACGAUGCAACCCGACUGAAGACGAAAAAGCAAACGACAAAUUGUUCGCGUUGGAUAGCCGGCCCACAGUUUUUAAAGUUUCCGAAGGAUAAGUGGCCUUCUAUGCCAGUAGAUAUGAGCGAGCAGGAAAGUGCAACUGAAAGGCGCCCAAAAAGUUUACUGACUAUUUCUGAGACUGAUCGAUGUAUAGAGUUCGCAAGAUACUCGAACUAUUACAAGCUUCUGAGAGUGAUCUGCUGGGUCCGUCGCGCGAUGGCUAAAUUUAAGGACAAAGGUAAAGCGCGUUUUCACGUACAUCAAAAUUUAUCGGCAGCAGAGUUAAGAACCGCUGAAAUCGAAGUUUGUCGCUUGGCUCAGAGGGAAGUCUUCGGCGAAGAGAUUCAGUUAUUGGCGGACGGCAAGUUUUUGCCAAAGAGUAGUACAAUUUAUAGCCUAACCCCGAUAUUGGAUGAGGACAAGGUCUUACGAUUGGCAGGUCGUAUUGAUAGAGCGAAAUGUGUUGCCGCAGAUACAAAUCGGCCUAUAAUUCUACCGAAGGUUCACGCCUUAACUACAUUGAUUGUACGUCAUUUUCAUGAGCGGUAUCAGCAUCAAAAUCAGGACACUAUUUGUUCAGUGAUUCGUCGCAAGUUUUGGAUACCAUGUAUAAGACAGCAUGUUCGAUCGGCAAAGGUGCAUUGCCAGCUGUGCAAAAAUAUGUCCGCUAAGGCAAAGCCACCCCUCAUGGGACAAUUGCCGGAAGACCGUCUUAUUCCGUUUAUCAGACCAUUCUCAUACGUGGGUCUAGACUAUUUCGGCCCAUUAGCGGUGACCGUGGGUCGGCGGCAUGAGAAAAGGUGGGUGGCGCUCUUCACGUGCAUGUCUAUUAGGGCAAUACAUAUCGAGCUCGCAAAAGAUUUAUCGGCGGACUCAACAAUAGUAUGCUUGAGGAAUUUUAUGAACCGACGAGGAGUGCCCGUCCGCAUCAGAAGCGAUAGGGGUACUAAUUUUGUAGACGCCAGUAAAGAGGAGUUAGUGCUAAUCGAUCAACGUGUGGCAGAUGAAUGUGCAAGGCGUGGCGUGGAGUGGGUAUUUAACACCCCUGCAAAUCCAUCAGCUGGUGGAAUAUGGGAGCGAAUGGUUCGCUCCGUGAAGCGUGUAUUAGCCUUUGUGCUAAAAGAGAAGGCUCCACAAGCGGAAACGCUAAUUUCGUUACUUAUCGAGGCUGAGAAUCUAGUUAACUCGCGUCCUUUAACACAUUUACCGCUAGAAAGUGACAGCGCCGAGCCUCUAACACCGAACCACUUUCUACUUGGUGGCCCGAACUUCGUGCAAACUCCAACAGUGGACGAACAAGUAUGCUUACUCAGAAAAUUUCACAUGGGAAAUGAUGGUCAAUUGACCAAGAUCAAAAUUACGGUCAACUAUUGUAAUUAA